AGAAUCGUAUCCUUGAGCAGCUGGACUCUCACCAGCACGGCCUCUCGCCUCGUGUAUCGUAGGACUCUGGCUACCUAAUGCUGCAUGUAUUAUAAGAAUGAUGAUAUUCCCAACCCGUGGUGAAAAUGGUGCAGUCCGUCUAUUUACCUACGUAGGUACCUUGCUGGUAUAUAGACAUCUAGACAUCCAAAAUAAACGCGCUUCACCGCGACAGCAGCGGUGAGCAACCAAACAACCAUGUAUCUCCCCUUCCUAGCCACCACCCUAGCCAUCCUCCCAGCCGGGGCCCUCAACGUAAUCGACCUCUCCUCAACCCCUUGGGCCCUCUCCAACACCGACCGGAAUAUCUCCGUGCCCGGCAACGUGCCCUCGUCCGUGCACCUGGACCUCUUCGCCGCGCAGGUGAUACCCGACCCGUACCACGGCCUCAACGAGAUCGACCUGCGCUGGGUCCCACUCUCGCGCUGGAACUACACCGCGCAACUCCCCACCACCAUAUCCACAUCCGCGGACGAAGGUCUCAAAACCUACCUGCUCUUCAACGGCCUCGACACCUUCGCCGACGUGCGCCUGUGCGCGCAGCUCGUGGCCAGCACGGAUAACCAGUUCCGGCAGUACUUCUUCGACGUCACUGACAUCCUCCAGUCCCCCGCUUGCCAGCAACAGCAACAGCAAUCCGGCUCUGCGGAGCUGCAGAUCGAAUUCGCCAGCGCCCCCACCGUCGCCGAGGCGAUCCAGAACCAGCCGGGGCAGGAAACAUGGCCGCCGUACGUGGGGACCGUGAUGGAGUUCAGCGGGCGCCAGUUCAUCCGCAAGGCGCACUCGGACUUUGGGUGGGACUGGGGCCCGGCCUUUUCUCCGGUUGGGAUAUGGCAGAAGGCGUGGGUCGUGCAGCUCGCCGAGGAGGAGGAGGAGGUGUACGUCCGCAACUCGGUGUUCGACCUGUACCGCGAGGGGCAGCUGAAUAAUCUGCCGCCCGAUCAAGGGGCCCACUGGGUGCUGAAUGCGAGUGUGGAUGUGAUUGGGGUUAUGCCGGAGGGUGCGACGAUGAAGUAUAGGAUUGUGGACGCCGCGACGCAGAGGGAGGUUAGUAGCGGAGCGUUGACGGGUAUCAAGAACGACGGCGACGUGAUCACCGGCUCCGUUGUCCUGUCGAAAGAUGACUACGCGCUCUGGUGGCCUAACGGACUUGGCCCGCAGCCCCUUUACAACAUCACCGUCGACAUCGUAUCGCCGUCAGGGACCACUCUAUCCUCGGUAACAAAACGAACCGGAUUCCGCACCAUCGUCCUCAACACUAACGUCGUCACCGACGAGGAAAUAUCCCAGGGGGUGGCGCCAGGCAACCACUACCACUUCGAAGUAAACGGACACACCUUCUACGUCAAGGGCAGCAACUUCAUCCCCCCCGACGCCUUCUGGACGCGCGUCACACCAACCAAGAUCCGCCAGCUCUUCGACGCCGUCGUCGCGGGCAACCAAAACAUGCUGCGGAUCUGGGCGAGCGGCGUCUACGCGCCGGACUACCUGUACGACAUCGCGGACGAGCUGGGGAUAUUGCUGUGGUCCGAGUUCCAGUUCGGCGACGCGCUGUACCCGGUCGCCCCCGAUUUCCUCGAGAACGUGCGGAUGGAGGCCGUGUACAACGUCCGCCGCGUGAACCACCACCCUUCCCUAGCCCUGUGGGCCGGCGGCAACGAGCUCGAGUCGCUCGAGCUGCGCAUCGUGCGGUACUUCGCGCCGGGCGAGUACGCGCGCUACCUCGCCGAGUACGAGGCCCUGUUCCUCGAGACCCUCGUGCCGGCCGUCUUCGGCAACAGCCGCAGCGUCUCGUACACGCCCAGCAGCACCUCCAACGGCACCCUGUCCAUCGACUUCGGCAGGCCCAUCCCCAUCGCCCAGCGGUACGACGACCUGGCCCCCGGCUCCGUCUACGGGAACACGGAGUACUACAACUACAGCGCGGCGCAGGCCUUCAACCUGGCCAACUACCCCGUGGGCCGCCUCAUCAACGAGUUCGGCUUCCACAGCAUGCCGUCGCUGGCGUCCUGGCGGCGGGUCCUGGACGACGCGGACCUGCACUUCAACAGCACGCCCAUCGUCCAGCGCAACCACCACAACCCGCCCAGCGGCCUCGACCCGUCCAACACCGCGCCCUCGCUGCAGGGCAUGGGCGAGAUGACGCUCGCCGCCCAGGCCUUCUACCCCGUCCCCGACAAAAAGACGGCCUCGUCCUCCUCCUCCGCCGCAAACUUCUCGGCCUGGUGCCACACGACCCAGAUCUUCCAGGCGGACUUCUACAAGAGCCAGAUCCAGUUCUACCGCGCCGGCUCGUCCCGCCCGGAGCGCCAGCUGGGCACCCUGUACUGGCAGCUCGAGGACACGUGGCAGGCGCCGACGUGGGCGGGGAUCGAGUACGAGGGGCGCUGGAAGGUGCUGCACCACGUCGCGCGGGACGUCUACGCGCCGGUCAUCGUCGCGCCGCUCUGGGAUGCCGCGGCGGGGACGCUGAGGGUGUAUGCCGUUAGUGAUUUGUGGGGGGAGGUGAAGGGGAGCAUGAGUUUCGGGUGGGCGGGGUGGGAUGGGGGGGUUGUGAGUUUGGGUGGUGGUGGUGGUGGUGGUGUGCAGGGAGAGGUGGAGUUCACGGUUGGGGCGGUAAACGCGACGCUGGUGGCGGAGCUGAGCAUCGCGGAGUUGCGGGCGAACCCGGAUUUUCGCGCCGAGGACGUGGUGUUCGUGGCGAACUUGACGGCGUCGGGGGUGCCGCCGAAUGAGCAGGCGACAAGGACGUACACGCACACGAACUGGGCUACCCCGACCCCCCUAUCUUCCGCAGCGCUGGUAGACCCGGGACUGAGAGUGGAAUACGAUAGUAGCGCGGACGAGUUUGUGGUGCGCGCCGAGACGGGGACGAGCAUGUGGACGUGGGUGCAUGUUCACGAGGACGACGCGGAUGGUGUUCUUGUUAACUUCCACGAGAAUGGGUUCUUGUUGAGAAAGGGGGAGGAGAGGCGCUUUGGAUACGAUAGGAUUAAUGGUGAUGGAGGGGAUGAGACGUGGAAAGAGAGGGUGGGUGUUAGUAGCAUUUGGGAUAAUACUUUGCCGUAGAUAGAUA